AUGGGCAGCGGUCACCCCCAGCAGAUCGGCGGCUUCGGAGGUGGAUGCGGGCCAACCAGCAAGGUCGCCAUUGUGGGCCCGCACAAGGAGCCAGGUUGGGUCACCUGCUACUUUUCCCAAUGCGGAGUGACAAUUGCAGAUGUGGACACUUCGGCCGGUGACUGCGGCAACAUCCUUGCUGCUGUCGGCGGCUUCGCCAUAGAAAACAAUUUGGUUGCAGCAGAGACAGGUGACAAGACCCGAGUGAAGGUCGAGAGCCUCAACACAGGUGCACGCUACGAAGUCGAUGUGGCUCUGCUUGCAAUGCGAGGGCCGAUGGCUGAGACUCUUCAGGCAGUCGGGCGGCUCAUUUGA